GUGUUUUGUCCCUCGCGAGAUGCCGUACUCUGGAAUCCGGAAGCAGAGUUGCUGUCAUCUAAACAAACAACAUGGGCUGAUUUUGAAAGAUGUCAUCAAGAGGCUAGACUUGUUCUCUAGCCUUGCACACCCGUGCAUGUCUAGAGAAGGUGACUGUUAGGAAUUGACAGAUUUUUAAGUUACGUUUUCUUUUUAAUUAGCCAACAUGGCUCGUGACGAAGACGAAGAGGAGCUGACGGUCGAUGCACCCAAGGAGGUGGACAUGUUUACAUCGGUGCGUUGCCUGGGUUACCUUUCCAGCUUCACUCUCCUGGUGGCGGUGUGCGUUGGCAUGUACGUCCGCUGGGAGGUGACAGAAGAAGCGAUGAUCAUGGUCAUCUUCAUCCUGGGCCUCGUCGUCCUGGGGAUAGCCAGCAUCCUCCAUUACUACUUUGCCAUGGAGAAAGCCAGUCUCAGCUUGUUCCAUUUGUGGUGUGGCUUUUUGCUCGGCCUUCUGUGUUUCUUCAACAGCACCGCCUUGGAUUCAAAUGUCAAGGAACUGGUCACCAACUAUCUCCUUUUAGCCAGUGUAACCAUGAAGACGAUAUGGGCUUUAACUGAGAGGAUAUGCAGCUCUAUCCGGUACAAGCCCACCUUGCUAACAUCAAGUGAGUUCCUGGAGCUCCUGGGAUUUGGCAUUGCAAGCACUGCUAUGCUUCUACACAAGUCAGUGGCAAUAAUAGGCAUGGUGGUGGCCCUGGGGGCUCUCAUAGUGGACCUAAGGAUGAAAUCUCUCCUGGCUUUGCCUAACCUGGUCAGUUUUGCCUUGAUUACGUCUCUGGUAUUUUUCAAAGCUUUAGGCAUCACUGCCAACCCUUACGCUCUAGGCUGCUACCUGGGCAGGCAGCUGUGUGAGCCCGUGCUGGAUGUGUACUUCAGCGGGCUGGGGCCCAGUGACCGCUGGAGACCGGUGCUCUCCCUGGGGAGGAUCUGGAGGAGGCUGUCCCUGCUGCCUCUCAGUGUGACUGAGCUGGCCUUCUUCGUCCUGGCUGCCCUAAAGCCAACCGUACUCUAUGUAGCUGUUUUCCUGAAUGUAACUCUGAUUCUGUUUUUCGCCUUUUUGCAGCAUUCCAACUGCCUGUUCCUCAGCGCUCUGCUGGUGGUGCUUCCUCUGGAGUCUCUGACCCACGGCUUGUUCCACGAGCUGGGCAGCUGCCUCGGGGGAACCUGUGUUGGCUACGCUCUGGUCAUACCGACUGCCUACUGCAGCGCUGAUGGGCAGCCCACCCUCCUGCCCCCUGAGCAGGUGCAGCAGCUCAACAUGCGCUCCACGGGGAUGCUGAACAACGUGCAGCGCCUCUUCUCCCACCACAUGAUCCAGACGUUCGGUUGUGACUACUCCACCAGCGGGGUCACGCUGGAGGCCGUGCUGACCAAGCUGCGCAGCUUCCUGGAUCUCCGGACGGAAGACGGACCCCGCCAUGACACCUAUCUGAUUUUCUACAGUGGGCACACGCACAAAGGCACUGGGUCUUGGGCUCUGGCUGGAGUUGAGAGCUUCCACCUGGGCCAGCUGCUGGAGUUGUGGAAGGAGAAGAACGCCGGCCACUGCUCCCGCCUCAUCAUCGUCUUGGACACUGAGAACUCCCUCCCCUGGGUGAAGGAGGUACGCAGGAUGGAGGGCGUCUACGUGGCCGCACAAGGUGCCGAGCUGUCCGUCACCAGGGUGGACCCCGAGGGUGGAGACAUCCCCCUCCUGGGAGACUUCACCUCCGAGUGGGUGGAGUUCAACUGCAACCCAGAAAGCGACACCCAGUGGUCGGACAAGGGGAGGAGCGUGAUGGCGGCGUACGGCGUGUCCAAACGCUGGAGCGACUACACGCUUCACCUUCCCACAGGAAGUGACGUGGCCAAGCAUUGGAAGACGCACUUUCCCAAGGUUACAUAUCCCAUGGUGCACCUCUCCAACUGGUGCUGUGGCCUCAACCUGUUCUGGUUGUGUAGCGUGUGUCUGCGCUGCUUCAGGAGGUGUAAACUAGCCUGGUUCCCUCCAGCUGUUCUGGACACUGGGCAGGGCAUCAAACUGGUGCACUCUUAAUAAUGAAGGAAAGUGACAUUUACAUUUUGAAAGCUGGGUACGAGGUGUAUAUAAACAAAAUAAUCUCCUUUUAUAGUAUAUAACAGGAGAUAGUAUAUAUUAUGUAUCAUGCUUAAUUGCUGUAAUGUAAUUUUUUUUGGUAAGAUAUGUCACAAUUACAGUGGAUAAAAUCAAGUUAAGCACGUUACUAUGGUUUCUUAAUAUAUUGUAUUUGGUAAAAGACCAAAUUGGGUGUUUUUGUUAAAGGUUUACAUUUUUUGGACUAUGUGAUAUCAUGCUUUUGAAAAAAAAAUCUGCCAUUAAUGCCUUACUAUUGCUUUGGAAAAGUUACUGGUUGCCUUUUUUUGUAUUUAGUGCCUUGAAAACGCACAGGAGAUGGAUUGGGAUCAUUGCUAAUGCCAAAAUGUAAUGUUUAAAUAUAUGUAUAUAUUCCUUCACCUUUUUAUAUAUGGAACUCACAAUCUUAACUUAAACUGUGUGAGCAGGGAGGGAGGGUCUCGGUGUCUUAAAGCCUUUCAGCUGGAUAGAUCAAAAACUGUGCGGCUGAACUCUGGUUACGGCAACAUCGAACCACAAGGCCAACCUGCCAAUCUUCACUUUCACACAGGAUACACAAUUAGCACCAUCCUCCAGAUACUUGUAUUAAAGUGGCUGCUAGUUUAAUUUUCAAGCCAUUGUGCAAGCUGCUUUCAAAUAUUCCAGAAAUGCAUUUAUUCCUGAAUUGCAAAGCGACAGAUGCAUCGGCUAUGAGACUGUAAAUAAUACCUAGAGACACUGACCGUGUAUGGGGUGUUGUCCGAUUUAUUUAAACAAAUGUCUUCAAGUUUCUUGCUGUACAAACACGCACUACUAACUUUUCUAUUGUCCUUUCUACGCUGUGAAAAACCUUAAACUCUUGCUGCCUUAAAGUUUGUGUUUCUCUGAGGUCAAGUUGCCUUUCCCACACGUUACUUCCCCUUGUGCCUCAAUUGAGUUAUACCUGACAAUGUCAAAAUAAAAAUGGGAAAAUAAACGGAGUAAACUUUGC